AAAUUGCCACCGACCAAAAAAUAAAAAUAAAUUGAUUUUGCACUCCUUUCGCGCUACCACCACCGUAGUUUUGUAAGUUUCAGAGAUUCAAAGAAGGAAGAAAAAAAAAAAUCUCUCUCCUCUCCCCCUCUCUGUCUCCCCCUGUUUGUCUGAUAGAUUUUUAUUUGAUCAGAAUCUAUGCAGGAUUUCUUGAAUGUGUGCAUUGAAAAUUCACCCAUCUGAAGGACAUAUAUAUGCGCAAGGUAUUGUGGCAGAUAUAAUUGGUAAAUCAUGGGAGAAGAAAUGAACAGAGGUGCAACAUCACAUUCAAGAGAGCUUGAUCAAACACCAACAUGGGCAGUUGCAAUUGUUGUUGCUGUUAUUAUUGUGUUAUCCAUUAUACUUGAAAAGGUUCUUCAUCGUGUUGGAGAGUGGUUUACAGAAAGAAAAAAAUUAGCUCUAUAUGAAGCUCUUGAGAAGGUUAAAGGAGAGUUGAUGGUUCUAGGAUUUAUCUCCUUACUCUUGACUUUCGGCCAGAACUACAUUGCCAAAAUCUGUGUUCCCCUGAGGAUUGCAGAUACAAUGCUGCCAUGUGCUUAUGGAGGCAACCACCAUGAUGUGGACACUAGUCAUGUGCCACCACUGUCGCCUCAUUCUCCAGAUAGUGGCCAUGGUGAUGGUGAAUUAGAACACGGGACUGGUGAACAUUCGCCUGAUAGUGGCCAUGAAGCUGGUGAGUCAGAACAUGAGACUGGUGAACAUUCGCCUGAUAGUGGCCAUGAAGCUGGUGAGUCAGAACAUGAGAGUGGUGAACAUUCGCCUCCCACCACUGAUAGUGGCCAUGAAGCUGGUGAAUCAGAACACGAGACUGGUGAACAUUCGCCUCCCACCACUGAUAGUGGCCAUGAAGCUGGUGAAUCAGAACAUGGGCCUGGUGACCAUCAUCGGAGGCUUUUGUGGGAUAAUCGUAGAGUUUUGUCUGCUGAUUCAGAGAAUUUUCAAUGCAAGGAUGGUUUUGAGCCACUUAUAUCCUUACAUGGAUUACAUCAGCUACACAUCUUCAUAUUCUUUUUGGCCAUCUUUCAUGUCAUAUUUAGUGCAUCAACAAUGAUGCUUGGAAGACUUAAGAUUCGUGGGUGGAAGGAAUGGGAGUCAGAGAUUUCAUCCAAUGACUACGAAGAUUCAAACGAUCCUGCACGAUUUAGGCUUACUCACGAGACAUCUUUUGUGAAAUCUCAUGCAACUUUCUGGACUAGAACUCGGUUCUUCUUCUAUGUUGGUUCUUUCUUGCGGCAAUUUUUCCGGUCUGUCCGUAGGGCCGAUUACCAUACCAUGCGUAAUGGAUUUGUAACCGUUCAUUUAGCACCUGGAAGUAAGUUCAAUUUUCAGAAAUAUAUUAAAAGGUCAUUAGAAGAUGACUUCAAAGUAGUUGUCGGUAUCAGUCCUUUGUUAUGGGCUUCCGUGGUUCUCUACUUGCUUCUUAAUGUUAGUGGAUGGCAGGCAAUGUUUUGGGUAUCCGUAACGCCUCUAUUUGUAAUAUUGGCUGUCGGAACGAAGCUUCAAGCUAUCAUAACACAAAUGGCUCUUGAAAUCCAACAGAGACAUGCAGUUGUUCAAGGGAUUCCUCUUGUUCAAGUCAGUGACAGGCAUUUUUGGUUUGCUUGGCCUCCACUGAUUCUUUAUCUAAUACAUUUCACCCUGUUUCAGAACGCGUUCCAGAUAACAUAUUUCUUGUGGAUAUGGUAUGAGUUCGGGUUAAGAUCUUGCUUCCAUCAAAAUUUCAAUUUGAUAAUUCUCAGAGUCAUUCUGGGGGUUUUAGUUCAGUUUAUGUGCAGCUACAUUACACUUCCCCUUUAUGCCCUCGUAACUCAGAUGGGGUCAACCAUGAAGAAGUCAAUAUUUGACGAGCAAACGUCGAAAGCACUGAAGCAGUGGCAUAAGAAUGCAGUUCACAAGAAAGCUGAAGGGGGGACAGGGAAGAAACCAAAAACUCCAACUAGAACACUGGGUGGGAGCCCAGGUGGAUCCCCAUCUAAUUCUCCUAGACGACCUUCAGAUCCUCAAUCGUCUUCAGCAGCUACUCUUAUUGCCAACGUUGAUCACGAUCAACAUGAAGUAGAGUUAAUAACCCAACGAGGUCCAACUGACUUACUAAGCGGACCAUGAUUUUGUUUGUUGUUAAAGUUGUUGUGAUAUUGUACUGUCCAGCGGCAGUAAUUGGCAUUAUCCUGUACUGUGAUUCAAGGGGAAGAACAUUUGCACAGGCAUACCAAAAAGAAAUGGCUAGUACACCUUAGUUUCAUUGUUUACCCUCCAACCUUGUGAUUAUUGAGUUGAGGGCACAAUUUUUUUCUUCUCUUGUAAUGAAAAAUUAUACGAUACGCUUAGAUGGAUCAUUUGUUGUUUGUAUUGCUUUUAAAAAGCAGUAGAAGCUGCAAAUCUGGUGUAGGGAUAAUGUUUAUGUAUCCAAGAAACUGAGCCUUUUUAGCCAGAUGAGAAUUCUGUUAAUACAUAAAAUUGUUUCAUUCAUUGAAUCAUUAUUGUA